AUGGCUCAGUGGAUUCUUCAAAUUAAUGAAGAUCUCAAGAACAUGGAAGGUCUUUCAACAGAAAGAGAUCACUGGAAUAAGGGAUCAAUCUACAAACUACCAGCCAGCCUCACAGACAUGAAUAAGAAGGCCUACAAACCUCAAACAGUCUCCUUCGGACCUUACCACUACAAUUCGUCACAUCCGAUGGAGGAGCAUAAGCACCGCGCGCUGCUUCAUUUCCUCAAAAGAUGCGGAAAGUCUCUUGAGGUGUUUGUAGAUGCACUGGCUGAAGUAGAGAGUGAUUUGAAGAACUCGUAUACUAUGCUGCAUUCUGUGCCAAACGAAGUUAUAGACAAUUUUCUGCAACUGAUGAUUAUAGAUGGCUGUUUCAUGCUGGAAAUCUUGAGGACUGCUGUGAAUGCACCGGAUGAUUAUGCUCCUAAUGAUCCUAUCUUCAGCGAGCACGGUAGGCUCCAUGUCGUGCCAUACAUCAAGCGCGACAUGUUAAUGCUGGAGAAUCAGUUGCCAAUGCUUGUUCUUGAAAUGCUGGUGGCAGUUGAACAUGGUAAACCCAAGGAUGAAGAGUUUGUGACCAAGCUCAUAGUUAAGUUCCUCUGCUCCUGCAAUGUUUCUGCAAACAUGGGCAAGUGUGUGCAUGUAUUGGACGUGUACAGGAAGAGUCUGCUUCAGUAUGGACCUGAUCCCAAAUAUAUUCGCCACAAAAUACAGUCCAUGGCGCGUGAAGAUGAGAUCGUCUGGUCUGCAACAGAGCUCAACGAGGCAGGAAUCAGGUUCAAGAAAAGUGCAACUACAAGCCUCAAAGACAUCACAUUUGCUCGGGGAGUGUUGAGGUUGCCUGUGGUUGUUGUCGAUGACACCACCGAGUCCAUGUUCUUAAAUCUGAUGGCAUUUGAGAGAUUCCAUGUAGGAGCAGGAACUGAGGUGACAUCUUAUCUGCUCUUCAUGGACAACAUCAUAGACAAUGCGAGGGAUGUCGCCCUCUUACACUCGAAAGGGAUCCUCCAUAAUGGUCUGGGGAGUGACAAAGCAGUGGCUAAUCUGUUCAAUUCACUCUCUAAAGAUGUGACACAGGAUCCGGAUAGUAGCCUUCAAAUUGUACAUAAGAGGGUGUAUCACUACUGCAGAAAGCCCUGGAAUGUGUGGCGCGCCAAUCUUAUUCACACUUACUUCCGAAAUCCAUGGGCUAUAAUCUCUUUCGUUGCUGGUUUGUUCCUCUUUGUGUUCACUAUAGCUCAGACUGGAUAUUCCAUAAUACCCUAUUACUACCCACGAGAUUCUUCUCCUAACACUGUCAUUGUUGUUCCAGCUCCUCCAAACCAUUCCUCCUCCUCGUCACCAUCAACACUUUUGACUUCUUUCAUUCUUGUUUCUAUUGUAUGCAUGCUUACCAAUUGAUGGAUUCUCUCAAUAGUUUGUGGAGUU